AUGCCUUUCAUCUGUUACCGUUUACUCAUCCUCCCUGACGGGAGCCGGGACCUUCUCAUUAAGAUCAACCACGCGAUGUACGACGGCACACUGCUUUGUAUCUUCGAUGAUGAAUUCAAGGGCCUUUUCAGGAAGCAGCCCGUGCCUGAGACCGUCAGCUUCCAUGACUAUGUGUCCUACAUGCAUUUGACAGACCGUCAGAAAUCCCUGAAAUUCUGGCAGGAACUGCUGCAGAAUAAUGGGGCUCCCUUUCCCAAAGUGGAGCACCCGCUUGCCUCCGCCCUGACGAUGACAACAACAGACCGCAAGGUUGAUUUGUUCGCUGCCAACUGUGGAGUUACUGUGCUAAUUGUCUUCCAAACCGCCUUCACGCUCCUUCUCUGUCGCCUCAGUGGUCGAACCGACGUCACGUAUGACAACCUCAUCACUGGGCGCAACGUCGAUGCUUUCAACGACGAAACGCGGUCUUUGUUCUGGAAGACCACGGAGCACGGAAAUGUCAGUCUGAAGGAUAUCUACCAGUCCCUGGGUCAGAACCGAGAUGAAUCCGCCUCUCGUGCCCUGUUCCUGUUCCAGCCUUUCGACCAGCCAGCGUCCACGACAAACCUCGUGGAGAAACACAUGCGCGGGAUAGUGAUGGGGCUGAGCAAAGUCCAGAUGCCCAUUGAUUAUGUACUGCAUCUUGAGGUUUCCAAGGCGCCGAAGGGACAUACUGUCAAGUUCAAGUUUGACCCUCAAUGGUACGCUGUUGAUCAGUUUGAGAAAGUCACUGAGGCAUUUUUGGAGAUUCUUGAGAAAAUGAUGUCCCAUUCCCGAAGCAAAGUCAUUAUGAUUCUCUGGUCACCAACACUUCUCCACAUUUACUAUUAA